AUGGAUACUCUUCUAUCCCAGAAGCCCACGCGAGAGGAUACGUCAUCAUCGAACGUGACGGAGAACAGCGACGAGCGUGUUUACAAAUCGAACAGCAGAGCUCCACACUUCGUUGGGAGGGAUUUUCUGCCCCGUGGAUCCGGCAUCGUCACUCGCAGACCCCUGGUUCUGCAGCUCAUCAGUGCAAACGCAGAGUGGGCCGAGUUCCUGCACUGCAAAGGGAAGAAGUUCACUGAUUUCGAUGAGGUCCGUCAGGAGAUCGAGGCUGAGACCGACCGCGUCACCGGGGCCAAUAAGGGCAUUUCCCCCAUUCCCAUCAACCUGCGGGUUUAUUCCCCACACGUGCUGAAUCUGACCCUCAUCGACCUGCCGGGCAUCACUAAAGUGCCGGUGGGAGAUCAGCCGGCUGACAUCGAGCAUCAGAUCCGAGACAUGAUCAUGCAGUUCAUCUGCCGCGAGAGCUGCCUGAUCCUGGCUGUCACUCCGGCUAACACUGACCUGGCCAACUCUGACGCGCUCAAACUGGCCAAAGACGUCGACCCUCAGGGCCAGAGGACCAUCGGUGUGAUCACUAAACUCGACCUGAUGGAUGAAGGAACAGACGCACGAGACGUUCUGGAGAACAAGCUCCUGCCUCUGCGCCGCGGGUACAUCGGCGUGGUGAACCGCAGUCAGAAAGACAUCGACGGGAAGAAGGACAUCAGAGCGGCUCUGGCGGCAGAGAGGAAGUUCUUUCUGUCUCAUCCGGCCUACAGACACAUCGCAGACAGCAUGGGCACCCCACACCUGCAGAAGGUCCUCAAUCAGCAACUGACCAACCACAUCCGGGACACGCUGCCUGCCUUCCGCAGUAAACUGCAGUCGCAGCUGCUGUCUCUGGACCGAGAGGCGGAGGAGUACCGGCAGUACCGGCCCGACGACCCGUCACGCAAGACCAAAGCCCUGCUGCAGAUGGUGCAGCAGUUCUCGGUGGACUUCGAGAAGCGUAUCGAAGGCUCUGGUGAUCAGGUGGACACUGUGGAGCUGUCUGGAGGAGCCAAGAUCAACCGCAUCUUCCACGAGCGCUUCCCCUUCGAGCUGGUCAAGAUGGAGUGCGAUGAGAAGGAGAUGCGGCGGGAAAUCAGCUACGCUAUCAAGAACAUCCAUGGCAUCAGGACGGGUCUGUUCACUCCAGACAUGGCCUUCGAGGCGAUCGUGAAGAAGCAGGUGGUGAAGAUCAAGGAGCCGUGUAUUAAGUGUAUUGAUCUGGUGGUUCAGGAGCUGAUCAACACGGUGCGUCAGUGCUCUGAUAAGCUGGAUUCGUUCCCUUGUCUGCGGGAGGAGACGGAGCGGAUCGUCACGUCUCAUAUCCGUGACAGAGAGAGCAAAGCCAAAGAGCAGGUGCUGCUGCUCAUCGAUGUUCAGCUCGCGUACAUCAACACCAACCACGAGGAUUUCAUCGGCUUCGCCAAUGCUCAGCAGCGCAGCAGUCAGGCGAAUAAGAAGAGCUCUGCAGGGAAUCAGGAGCUCCAGGUGAUCCGUAAGGGCUGGCUGACCAUCAAUAACAUCAGCAUCAUGAAGGGAGGAGCGAAGGAGUACUGGUUCGUGCUGACCGCCGAGAGCCUGUCCUGGUUCAAAGAUGACGAGGAGAAAGAGAAGAAGUACAUGCUGCCCCUGGACAAUCUGAAGGUCAGAGAUGUGGAGAAAAGCUUCAUGUCCAGCAAGCACAUGUUUGCCAUCUUCAACACGGAGCAGCGUAACGUGUUCAAGGACAACCGUUUCUUGGAGCUGGCGUGUGACACUCUGGAGGAGGUGGAGAGCUGGAGAGCGUCGCUGCUGCGCGCCGGCGUUUAUCCCGAGAGGGCCGCGGUGGAGAGUGAGAGUUCUGGUCCGUCGGAGAACUUCUCCAUGGAUCCUCAGCUGGAGAGGAAGGUGGAGACCAUCAGGAACCUGGUGGACUCCUACAUGGCCAUCGUCAACAAAUGCAUCCGCGACCUCAUGCCCAAGAGCAUCAUGCAUCUGAUGAUCAAUAACGUGAAGGAGUUCAUUAACGCGGAGCUCCUGGCGCAGCUGUACUCGGCUGGAGAUCAGAACGCUCUGAUGGACGAGUCUCAGGAGCAGGUGCAGCGGCGCGAGGAGGUUCUGCGCACACACCACGCUCUGAAAGAAGCUCUGGCCAUCACCGGAGACAUCUCCACCACCACCAUCUCCACACCGCUGCCUCCGCCGGUGGAUAACUCCUGGCUGAGCGCCGGCGCCGGCUCCCGCAGGUCUCCUCCUCCGAGCCCCACGGCUCCACGCCGGAUGUCUGCGGGACAGAGACCUGCUGGGAGAGGUGCUCCUGCGCCUCCGUCUCGCCCCGGACCCUUGGGGCCCCUGAACAACAGCGCUGACAGCCCACAGGUUCCCAGCCGGCCCAACCGAGCACCUCCCAGCAUUCCCAGUGUCCGUGAGUCCAGAAGACCUGCUAAAGACCAAACAGGGACCAACGCCUCCCGCAUCCUGAGAGAUCAGCGACCCGUCUGUGCCCUGCAGAGAGCAGGAGAUCCCCAGCUUCGAGGAGUGGACCAAGAUCAUGCUGGAGGUCAGAUCACACACCAUUCUGACGGCCUUCACGCUGCGGGGAAGAAGCUUCAGCAGACCGUUGCCAGCUACUUCUCUGUGGAGUGUGGAGCCAAGAUCCUAUCCUCCAGCCCCGAGGCCAAGGUUCAUCAGCAUGUCUGAUCCCAUCUGUGUUUGACACCGAGUUACUGUGAGACAGGCACUGAACUCCAGAGUAAACUACACAUAUUACUGUUUUUCAUCAGCAGGAUUUUGUCUAAAUCAGGUCAAUAAGAGAAUCAAUUAAGUGUAAUGAAUUUUUCAGUUUUUCCAGAGCACUUCUGUUAUUCUGAUGGAGAGCAUGUACAUGCUGAAUCCCUGCAAUAACAAGAUCUGGUGGGCUGAUUAGACUGUUUGUUUUAACGUCAGGCAAAACUAUUCUGUGUGAUAAUUGUUGUGUGUUGCUGUGAUUGAUCUGAAGUGCUGCCGUUGUGUUUGCUGUGUGAAAUCACUCAAUAGCCUGUGUUUAGUACCUAGAUAGACUUUCCAGACAGAUAACAGCAGGAUCUGUGUUAUUCCUCAUAUAUGAGUGUUUAUGAAAUGAAGAGCACUAGAGAGAGCCGUCAGCAGUGAUGGAGAAGCUCUGUGGUCUUCAUCGUCUCCUCAUCGUGAGCUCUGUCAGCCCAUUCAGCUCAAGCAGCUGGACAUCGCUAACUUUGAGAUCUUCUCCUCAAACCCCAAAGUCUUCCUGGUGUCCAUCAGUGACAGGUCAGCACUUAUGG